AUGGUAAGGAUUAAACGUGCUUAUUUAGCUAUACCGGAGUCUUUUUUCAGAGGAAAUCAUUUCUAUACCAAACAUACAUUGGUCACAAAAUUCACUUUCCGACCCAAGAAACGUUAUUAUUCAAAUAACAUAAAUCCAAGUGUAAAGGUAUUCACACCAUUGAACUUUAACCACAAUCUAUCAGAACGUGUAUAUAGCGAUAAUAUCAAACGAUUUGGACCACAAAUAGAUUCCAAUGCAUGCCUGAAGAACACCCUCAUUCAUGUAAAGACUUUACAAGAUUAUAAGAUACAGAAUACCCCAACAUAUGGUUCCUUUAUCCAUUUUGAAACAGAUAAUCCCGCCAAUGAGUUUGGAAUAGUUGUAUCCACCCGAAAUUUUUCAUUGUCAAAACCGACGUCUUUUAUGGUUCUCCUCCCUAGCUCCGAAAUAGUAGAAGUGUUCAAUUCUAAGAUUAUUUUCACAAUUCAACUGAUGGAACACCAGGUCUCGUUACCUCAGCUCGCAUAUACCUUGAAUGUAUUCCUUGCAUAUUAUUUAAAAAUACAAAACUUCAUACUAGACAAAGAUCUUAUUCGAACAGCAUACCUAAAGGCAGCCUUAAUCAACUAUCAAACAUCUAUCCAACUUCAGGAUUUUUCUUUGGACAUCUAUAAUUCAACUAAAUCAAUUAGAAAUCUGUUGAACCUUAAGAUAAACCCCUUUUCUGCACACUCCUUUAUUUUUGCAUGCCACUAUAUGAUGUAUAAUGAUCCUAUUCAUUUCCGUUAUGUUUCAUCCCUUAAACCUUCAAUGUACACUAUAUUAAACCCAUUGCUUCAACUCACUACACCUUACUUUUUGAAUCCAAUAGUUUUGUCAGAAAAUAUAGAGACUAUUUACAACCAACCUAAUGAAGCAAUUAGACGGUCCUACUAUAAUAUUCUCACAAAGUCAACCAAUUUUCAAAUUUUCAAUAUCUUGAAGUCCGACGAAAACUUUAAAAAACUAAUACUUUUUAUCAAAUAUGCUAUUGUAUAUCCAAACCCUAAGUUAUUUAACAAAUUGGAUGAAAUAUUGCCCCUAAAAGCUACCUCAACUUCACUUCUUCAAUUGUUGAAAAAACUUGAAAUUUAUAAUCACAAAACAAACCCAAUUUUAGCUUCUGGCAUGUACGGUCUGCAUAGGAAAGAUCCAACAGAUUUAUCGAUGUACCCGCAGGUUGUUGCUGACUUACAGUACUCUGAACAAAAGGCUAUCAAAGCCGAAAACCUUCCCUCUGCACUGAAAAGGCACAAGCCGCUCCUCCAAAAGAAAUCAUAUAAACCACAGUUUACUGAGAUGAUAAAUUCAGUGAAGUACAAAAUCUGGGAUAAAAGUAAGAUUCACUCAAAAGUCUAUAAACUAACCGAUACAAUUGCAUUUUCUGUUACUCAUGUUUCACUGACGUGCUAUAGAUUUGGCAUAUUUGUCCCGAUUCCGAAUCAGUCACCAAACGAAAACAUUACCAUUAUUGAGCCCAUAAAAACCGGUAACAUCAAUUCAUUCCCCAAAUUGAUCCCAUUUAAUCAGUAUCUUCGUGUAAAUCAACCUUGCAUCAAACUUACAUUUGAACAUGACUUGAUUCAUUCUGAUUCCUUGACUUCUCCUAAGAUCAAAGUAGGUAUUGAUAUGUUCAAGAAGAUCGAAGAUAUCGACGAAGAUUGGUUCCGUGGUAAGAAGCAAAUACAUGUAAUUGACUCAAGGAAAAAAAUGGAAUGCUGGUCUUCAAUGAACAAAUUGAGUAAUUUAUUAGUUGAGAAGGAAAAAUCCAGAAUUAGGCAUGGACUUUUGAAGACUUUUGGUGGAUUAAACGAAAAGAAUAAUGAUCUGAAAAGAUUUACAGACUACCAGCAAUAUCCUCAAUUUGAUGAUAAUUUUGAUGAUCUCAAUCACCACAGAGACAAGUCAUGGUUAAUCGAAAAUCUGAAAUUGUUAAUCGAUGAGAACUUUUCUAGGUUUUGUAAUGAAAAGAAAAUCAAGGUAUUGAAUCGUUCAAUAACGAAAAGUUCAGAAAAUUCAGACGAUUAUCGUGUCUUUAAGAAAUUGAAGAUCUUUAAGUGGUAUGCUAAUUCUUAUGAUACCUUUAACUUUCAAUUGAGCUCAAAUCCAGGUGAUUUGACGGCAUACUUCGGGUGCUUGUCAUUUUUAAGUAAAUGUGAAAUUUCAGAUAAAGGGUAUCUGCCAUUGGGUCUAAAGCAUUAUUCAUCAUUUACGUCUUUAGAAUUUAUAGAAACGCAUUUGAACCUUUGGCAGUUAUUGAGGUACCUACUGGUUGAGGCUUACAAACUAAUUAAAAAUGAAAAGGCGGAAAGCUGGGAUCCUGAGGAGUUGGAAAAGGUUACUGCUGCACACUUCAAACAUGCCUUGGGGCAAACUGAAGGAUACGUUCAAAUCAUCAACAGGUUGAAUCGAUAUGAAUCUUUAAGCAGGAUUAAAAAUGAAGGAGCUCUCGAUGAGAUGAUGAGAUGUGUAGUUACUGAAAUUCAUGAUGAUAAAAUACUGGGAUAUUGGAUUGACGAAGAUUUACAGGUUGAAAUCGAAUCAUCUUCGAAUUACAUGAUUGGUGAUAGAAUCAUAUGCUCGAAUAUUGUAGAAAUAGACCCUUUAAGUGACAAGAUAGUUGUAAAAUAG